ACAGGUGUGUUGUUGGGUGUGGCAAUCAGGUGACAGGGAAAGAAGGGAAAUUCCGAGAGCAUCUGGUAGACACGUUGAGGAUGGAAGGUCUGAGGCAUUAGGGGUAGAGACAGGGACACAGAGCAAUGCAGAGAGCCUGUGAUGAGAGAGGGUGGCUGAAGAGAGGGACUGAGGAGCAUGGCUGAGGUUAGGGUUAUGAAAGAGAGAAGCCUGUGGUAAAAAUAUUAACCUAUUUCUGGAGUUUAGGACUAUGAGGGCACUCUAUGAGGACUGUUAGCUAUAACGUGCACCAUGGAAGCACCACAGAACACAUAAGCUCAUAAGAGUGUAUUCAACCAGUUUUAGAAAGAAGCCUGCAGAGAAAUCCUGCUCAUCAUGUCGGCUUUCCAGAAGAAGAAGCUCAUUUACUACAAGGAACUUCUCCUGUGCUUUUAAUGUAGUACCUAUUUUUUUCUGUCUGGGUUAGGGGCCCCCAGUUGGUUCAUUUGUGACAAGGCUACAGAACUCUUCAGAUGGCAUUGACUAGAUCGCCAAAUUUUUUCGUCAUAGUCACUGAAUAUGAGGAAACUAGGAUGGUAGUCUAAGCAACUGAGUACUGAUGAAACUGACCCAUUGAUCCAUAUCCAUUUUUUAUAUCAGAUAUUAGUAAACUUUGAUUAUUUCAGUGUCGCAUGUUUAGGAUUGGCCAAAUUGAUAUGGACAAAAUAAAAUGGGUUUCUUAAAAUUUUGUUUUGGUGGGGUAUUGCCCCCCUUUCCCAUGCCUAGGACCAGGCCUAGUUAGAUGAUGAAGUAGUAAUUUCCACACCUAGGAAUUUCCAGAAUGUUUCUAUCUUGUACAGUAUAAGUUCAGUGAACAUAAAUGUAAACACAUUCUUGAAUUGUCUUCAUGCAAUGUGAUAUUAUCAUGGGUUUGUGAUUGUCUUGAUGUAGAUAACAUUAUAAAUUAUAGUUUGGGAAAUCUAAAAGAUGCAAGAAAAAGGGUUUUUGCAAAAGUAUUAAUAACCAACAUAUCACAAUGUAUGCCAAUACGAAUCCCCCAAAUUAAUGCAGAACAAUUUCAACUGUUAGUUAUUUAGUAAAAUUAACAAAAAAAAUAUAGUAAUCUAACAUUAAAUAUUUGCUGCUUAUCUGAAUAAAAUAGGCUAUUUCUUAUGUAUGUUUGUUCAUUCAAAUUUGUAAAUUUCUUCAAAUCAAAUGCUUUUGAGGAUUUAAUGAGGAACAGUGAGGGACCUCUGUCAGUCAGUGUACCAUGCAGUGCCAGGCAAGGGGUGACAUUUGAUAGGGGGGUUGAAGGUUGUCUUGCCCCAAUGCUAAAAUGGAGGGAAUGGACAGGGAGGGGUUAGAGGGAUGCAGCAGAUAUUGAAUUUCAACAGGACAGCAUUCCCAAAAAAAUUUCAAGAAGGGACAGGACAAGAUCGUGGAUGUUCCCUGAGCAAACAACUGGAAGCACAGUUUGAGUAGGACCUGGUCAAAAAGUUUAGCCAGCCUGCCAGUGGACUGACGGUAGACCAAACAAGCUGAUCAAGGACUUUGUGUAUGCAACAGACGGACAUGAAGACAGCGAGCCACAAGAGCCGAACAAUGUGAUUUUUCACCGUGCCAUUAGUGUCUGUCAGCAGCUGUUUUACACUUAACAGGGUUUGCUUUUGAGUCCAGUUGUUCUACAAGUUCUCAGGAGAGUGGUUUGUUGCAUUCCCUGGCCUGGCAUACACAAAGGGAUGGACAGCAGUGACCCACAGGAUGACGAAAGAGAGGGCAGAAGCAAAGAGACCGAUGGAGAGACCGAUAAACAGCUGAAGAACCAGCUCAACAGUGAGGAGAAAGGCGAGAAGGAGAUCAAAGGGAAUGAGAAAGAGAAGAAGAAAGAGAGCCGGCGUUCUGGGUCACUAUGGAGGAAUGGAUGGGCGCUGAGUGAAAGACUGGCCAUUAAUGUCUCAGGGAUGCGUUAUGAAACUCAGCUUCGCACUUUAGCCCAAUUCCCUGAUUCCUUGCUUGGUGACCCCAGGCGGAGGUCACGAUACUUUGACCCACUUCGAAAUGAGCUCUUCCUGGACCGCAAUCGGGCCUGCUUUGAUGCCAUCCUGUAUUUUUACCAGUCAGGGGGGAGGCUUCGGAGGCCUGCGAACAUACCCUUGGACAUCUUCAUGGAUGAGCUGAUGUUCUAUGAGCUUGGAGAGGACAUCAUGAACCGCUUCAAGGAGGAUGAAGGUUUUCCAAAGGAGGAGGAGACACCGCUGCCAGCAAACGAAAUCCAGAAAAGACUGUGGAUGCUCUUUGAGCACCCCGAGUCCUCAUCGGGCGCACGUAUCAUAGCCAUCAUCAGUGUUAUGGUGAUUGUGGUGUCCAUCGUCAUCUUCUGCCUAGAGACACUGCCCGACUUCAGGAAUGAGAAAGAGACGCGGGAGGAAUAUUUUUACAAGUACCACUCCCUGGCUAAGAACAUAUCUGAGAACAUGUCUCCUCCACAAAAUGUUUUCCAUGACCCCUUCUUCCUGGUGGAGACCAUAUGUAUAUGCUGGUUCUCCUUUGAGCUCUUCAUGCGUUUCGCUUGCUCUCCCAGCAAGAUGCACUUCUUCAAAGAUGUCAUGAACAUCAUCGAUUUCAGUGCCAUCCUGCCCUAUUUCGUCACUCUGGGAACAGAGCUGGCCAAGGACAAUGAUGCCUCUCCAGCCACAUCCUUGGCCAUCAUCAGAGUCAUCAGGUUAGUGAGGGUGUUCAGGAUCUUCAAGUUGUCACGUCACUCUAAGGGCCUACAGAUCCUUGGUCAGACACUGAAGGCCAGCAUGCGUGAGCUGGGCCUGCUUAUCUUCUUCCUGUUUAUUGGCGUCAUUCUCUUCUCCAGCGCCAUCUACUUUGCUGAGUCUGACCACGCCAACACAGCCUUUAUCAGUAUACCACAUGCUUUCUGGUGGGCAGUUGUCACCAUGACCACAGUGGGCUAUGGUGACAUGUACCCAGAAACAGUGUGGGGUAAGUUGGUAGGCUCGAUGUGCGCUAUUGCCGGUGUGCUUACCAUUUCGCUACCGGUGCCUGUCAUAGUGUCCAACUUUAGCUACUUCUACCAUCGGGAGACUGAAUGUGUGGAUCAAACCGAGUACACCCAUGUCCAGACGAGCCUGCGGGAGGACGAGGAGCCAGAAGAUGAGGAAAUAGAGGAAGGGCAUAUGGAUCCAGAGGGAGAUUAUUAUGCCAUUGAAGGCAUCUGCAGCCCUUUGAAUGGGACUCUGCUGGGUGGACUGUGUAGAGGACAGAGCACCGAGUUCAGAGGAGGAAAUAUGUAUCUGAGGGAACCACUGGUUACUCAAGUGUAGGGAGGGUCAGUGAUGUUUUAUACCAUUUGACAAAGACACACCAGGAAAACAUUCUGAAGUGAACGAAAAAGCAGAAUGAAACACAAUGAAUAUGAAUCCAUAGGACUCCAGGUCCUGAAGAGAGAAACUGGCCAAGAGAAACAGGCAAAUUGUGCUCAUUAAAACGAUAAUAUAACAUUAAGAUGCCUGCUAAAUACUUUUUAUUGCCUUUCCUUGUUCAUUUCUUUAAUAUUUAUUAUAGCACUAGCCAGCCAAAUGUCUCUGAAAGGCAACUUUUGUAUAAUACGGCUUUCAAAAAGCAAGAAAAAGACAGUGAGUUUUUACAUUCUCAGGGUCAUGAUGAUAUAAAUAUAAUAUGAGCUAUUAUUUAUUAAUAAUAUCGGCUUGUGUUUGAGAUGAAAAUGACUUUCUGAAUGUCUGUUCUGUGCCUUGAAACUAUGAUGUCUUAGUACUGUCGCUUUGUGGUUUAAAGUUUGAAGUGGAAGCAGAUAGAUUAUUGGCAAUAUAGAUGUCACGUCUCAUCAAAACUCAACCAAACACCAACAGAGCUGUCACUGCAGGCAGAUCUCUCGUAAACCAACCCCACAUUUUCAACAUUCUUCUGUAAGUCAUGUACAAAGUUCACAUUUGUGUAGUUUUGGCUUAUGUGACCUGAAGCGACUGACAUGACCUUUAUCAUGCUGUAAUACAACACUGUAGUGUUACCUAAUGACACAGUGUUACUCAUUUGUGUUAUAUAUUGUGCUAUUCAAAAGUUCUGUAUUUACCUGCUUAAUUAUGCACUCAGCGUUUUUAAUAAAGACUAUAUUUUAUUAAUUUU